CUCGUACUUGUGUGUUACGCAGAUUUGGGUAACGCUAACUAGUUGAGUUUGCAGGCGUACCAAAACUUUGCGCAAAUAAAACGACGGCUGUGUUUUGUGUUGUAGAUUAUGGGGGAACUUCGGACCUGUAAAAUCAUCUGAAGAUUGUGAGGUUUUUCAAAGAUAACUUCAAUGUACCAGGCAUUAGCGCGACGAACCAGCGUUUGUUUUGCUAGCUAGCUAAUCGACUCAGAGCAACGUCGUUACUGAAGUUACGUCCGUUAAACUGCAUUUUUCAGCCUGCUACCUUGAUAAUUCAAUAUUUAAUAUUAAUAUUUAAUUCAAAAUUAGCUAAUAGCAAACGCCAAAUCUGUCUGAGUAUCGCUAACGAGAGCCUACGGUUGCUGUACUUUUGAUUUGUACAAUAAUGUGAUUGUAGUCCUGUAAAAACAUAAUGGACAGAGAACUGUUGAGGCAGUGUCUGGCGCACCACGGAGAGCCACUGUUCAGCAAACUGAAAUGUGAGCAAACAGAAAAUCCUGAUUUCCAAGCUGUGGUGUCUGACCUGUGCAAGGCCACGUACGAAAGCAGGGGUGAAGGGAAGGACAGCCCUCUUGUGGAGCAGUUCAUUGCUAGGAAGGCUGACAUCCUGUUUUCUCCAGCAUGGAAGAUUGCUACUCAUCAAGAAGAGGAGUGUGAGGAGGAGGCGGCUGCAGAGCCAUAUGCUGUCAUGCCACCAUUGGAGCUAUUCAUGGAGGUGUCUUACGAGGAAAGACGAGCCAUGCUAUACAGGGACUUGGAAAGAGGAGACGCUGUGGUGGGGAGGAUCAAUAACAUUAGAGAAUACGGCUUCUUCCUCACUCUGCUUUGCACGGCAGGAGGACUGAAGAGAGACGUAGAAGACCUGGAGUUGUCGGCCCUAUGUCACAUCAGAGAACUUCCCUCCACUGGCAGCCAUGACGAUCCUCUGUCCUACUACCAGAUUGGGGACUUCAUCAAAGCUGCAGUGAAAGAUAUCGACCGCUACCAGGAGAAAAUCACAGUGUCCCUCCACCAGGCCUCUCUUUCCCCCAGCUUGGAGCACAUCAAACUGGGUGUCAUUCCCCGGGAGGAGCUGCCCAUACACUACAGUCGUGCUGUUCGUGCAUCCACUGACUCCAGUGAGACGUAUGAGUGUAUACUGAGGAGUUGCCAUGGUUACCACAACCCCUCUGUAGUGGACUACCUGCUGGAGAAGGUGGGAGUUGGUGACACCCACCCACCGUCAAUGAUGAGAGGACUACAAAGCAAACUUUUCCAAGAGGAGGAUUUUGCUUCUGCAAUCAGGAAGAAACAGUCUGCAUCGUGGGCUUUGAAGUGUGUCCGUGCAGGUGUAGACCACUUCAAACAUGGUCGUCACGUAGAAGCCAUGAAUGAAUACAACAAAGCCUUGGAUAUAGACACGAAUAACGUAGAAGCACUGGUGGCACGAGGAGCUCUGUAUGCUAACAAAGGCAGCAUCAUGAAGGCUAUAAUGGACUUUGAAUUGGCCCUGGAGAGCUGUCCCGAUCACCGCAACGCUAAGAAGUACCUCUGCCAGACAUUGGUGGAGAGAGGAAAGCAGCUCGAAGAACAGGAGAAACUCGUAACAGCGGAGCGACUGUACAGGAAAGCUCUGUCUCUCGAUGAUUUAAACCCUGAGGCGCAGGAUGCCCUGCACAAGAUCACAGACACUAUACAGAAAUCGAUUCGCCUGCGAGAAGAAGCGCUGGCUAAGGAGCAGGUGCAACCUAAGAGCAGCCAGACCAGCGCUGAGAAAUUGCGUAAGAUCUUAAAAGAGGAGAAGAGGAUGAAGAAAAAACGGAAGCGAUCAGCCUCUUCCUCUUCCUCAUCCUCCGCUUCCUCCAGGAGGAACUCCUCCUCCUCUUCAUCAUCGUCCUCCUCUCGCAGGAGGUCUAAGAAGAAGAAAAAGAAGAGGAGGAGGUCUGAGCGGGGAAGUAAACGCCAUCGCAGGAUCUCCUCAAGGGAGAGCAGGAGGAGUGAGGAGAGUAAGAGCGACAGGAAGGAGGAAGAGGAGGACGAGGUGGAGUGGUAUCCCGCUCCUCCCAACACCACCGGCACCUUUCUCAACCAGAAGGGUGGCCCGAGGUUUGGUGACAGGGAUGAGGAGGAGUUAGAGGAGAAGGACGCUGAAGAGAGAAGAGUCAGUCAGCUGUAUUCUUUGUCGGCAGCUUCAGACGACGAAGAGUCUGACUCUGCACGCAGAGAGAGGAAGAGGAGGGACAGAGAGGAGGGCAGGACAAGGAGAGGGAAAAGCAGUCGAAGCCCAGAAAGAGCGGAGCAGAUGAGCAAGAGCAGAGAAAGGAGGGAUAAGAGUAGGGAGAGAGGGAAGGAGGAGGACAGGAAGGACAGGAGAGACAGUGACUCCAGGAGGAGGAGGAGCUUAGACGAGAACAGAAAGCGGAAAGUAUCCUGCUCGUCGGCUGAGUCCGAGUAUUCACGGAAAUCCAAUCUCAAAUCUGAAUAUUUAGGAAACUCUGGUUCUGCGUCCAAACACGUGGAGAGUAGGAUGAGACACGACUCUUCAAAGAACUCCAGGUUUGAGAGCAGAGGGCGGGAGGACAUGGGUGAGGUAGACGAGGCAAAAAUAGAGAGGGACGGUAGAAAGGGGAAAGAGGCAGAAAGCAGCAGGUCAGAGGGAGGGAACAGCAAAACAUCAGAAGGUGAUGGAAACCAUAGCAAACAGAGUGGUUUGACCUCAGUGUCAGGAGGAGGGCCGACAAAAAACCUCCCUUCUAACCUGCUGGAUAUUUUCAAUCAGAUUGCCCAGUUUGAGAAGGAGAAAGGAGUCAGGCCAAAAUAAUAACUCGAAACCAAAAGUCCAGAAUGUGCCCAAUACCUGUGAACCAAGACUUUGAAAGGGACGUGUGUACCACAAAUUCAUUCAUUCUGAACUGUACAUCAAGAGAAUACUGCCGAAGCAAUGGCCAAAUGUGUUGUUGACUGAAUGUCCCCAGCUGUUGUAAGUUGCCUUCAGUGUUAGAGAAAAAGCUUGAGUCAUUUUACUUUGAAAUGUCUUUUUCUUUCUGGUCGAUUCCAUGCCUGUGAGCGGCUGCAGUAGUUGUCGGAUAAUAGCUGGUCAAAAUGUAUAAAUGUUGAUCUGAAUGGGUUGAAACUUCAAAUCAGUACUUUCCCAAAUGAUGUGAUAACAUAAUUGUAACAUAUUAGUGUAUUUCAAGAGAGGGACAUUUUCCACUUACUAUACCUUAUUGAAAAAUAUCUUGUGUAAAUAUGACAGUGUCAGUGAUGACAGAUACUACAUCUUUUGUAUUUUGUGCUAAUUUCUCCAUUUAGAGGUCAUUUUUGUGUACAUUUUGACUAGUUAUGAUGUUAUUCAACACACCUCACGUCACAUCGGUUGCUGCAGGUUUUAAUAUCUGCUGUGUUCAUGUUUGGUUCAGAUUUUCUGUUAAAGAAGCCUUAUGUUUACGGCCUUGUGCCAUUUUAUGCAUUCUGUCUGUGGCCUGUUAAAUCUUUUCCUCAACAACCCGACUGUUAAUACUGCAGUGCUUUUUCAAGCUUUACACGACGCAGAUGUUGUGUUCAAGCACAUUUCUCCAGUAGUAAAAUAAACUCAGUUGACUC